GCCAAUAAUAAAUUGCUUGACUAUUGUUUAACACGCUUCUCCCUAACACAUACUGACAGAUCCAUUGUAACACGACAAAGAGCAGCCUUCUGAGAAUGUCGCUGACACGAAGACAGCGGAUAACUUUACCUGAACCAGCGCGACGGCUCAUUAGUUGUGUGACAGGACUUCAAGCUGGUCAUGAGUACUUUGAGACCUAUGAGACUUAUGUGGCCCACCACCUCUUCGAUGUCAAUGGUUCAGGCGGAGGGUGUUGGAGUCGUAAUAAGGUCAUGGAUAGCAAAGCCAUUGAUAGUCGAUUUGUGGGUCUGGCGGAAAAGUUCUCAAUAAGGGGUCAGGAUACAAAGGCAGAUGCGAUCAAGAGGUACUUGCAGCAAUUAAGGCAGUUCACUCGGUUCUUGGGAGGCGGGGAUACUGCAAGGGUGAUCGCUGCAACCAAUGAAAUGGAUUUAGAAGACGCUGCUCAGAAUACGAUGUCCUCGGUGCUUUUUCUUUUUCUUGAGCUGUCCGAGUCACCUACAGAAUUGAAGAAAGGCGAGAGUAUGUAUGUUAUCCCAAAAGCAUUACAGGAAACAAAGUCCAAACAAAAAACUCAGGAAGAGAUCAACAGAGAACUAUGGAAGUCAAUAUUGAAAGAAGAUCCGCUGGUGGGUCCUCACUGGCAGACACAAGAACAAGGUGGGAUGGAGAGUGAUGGAAGCGAUUACGAGGAUAUGGAUGUCAGGUCGCGAAUUGUACCAAAAGCUCAGGGAGUCCUAUUAAUGUCUGAAGGUGACAACCAUGAAUCUUCAGAUCACAGUCGGAUCCUAACCAUUGAGGGACGCGACAUGAAUCUUCCGAAAGAGCAGCGGGUCCGAACAACAGCUCAUGAAGUAGAAGAAAAAAUAGCAGAAUUGCUCAAUGUGCUGAGGAGUCAUCAAUACUGGGAUGAAAACAGCAUUAUAUCAGGGAAUAAGAUACCAGUGGAAAACCUGGGUCUCAACGAAGCGGAAUUUGACAUACAGGAUUCAACAUAUUUAUACUCUACUCAACAGAGCUCUAUGGGGUACAUCCUCUCCAAACGGAUACCCAUAAUGGAUGAAAUCGAUAUUAUCAAUGAAGUCCUUUUGCUCCUUCUUGGGCUUCCUACUGUUUUAUUUCAGGUUCAAGGUCAAAAAAUUAAUUACUCUACCAAGGUCGCUGUUUCUCAUCUAUCAUUGGGAGCCUUAGGCGCAAUUCUAGAGCCAUUCAUGGAAAGCGCGAAAGAGAUUAUGGAGCUACGGGCAGCCGUCGACAAAAUAUGUUCCGCGCCUGUGCAAGAGUAUGGGAAAGUCAUCCAAACUCUGGCUUCUGCCAUUCAUUUUGAGCUGCUGGACCUCAAAGCGUAUCUUGCAGACAAGCAGAAACAAUACCAGCGGCACCGUAAAUCUUAUAAACAACGCACCGCGUCUCUAAUUGAGCUACACGCGACAAUGUCAGGCAAGUUGGCUGCAGUUCGUUUUUUAUUGCAAUUUUUGAAAGAUCGUCAAUUUUACGCAUUGUCGUCAAGUGAUAUAAGCAAGAGCGUGUGUACAUACGCAACCGACGUGUUAUCAAGCCUGUACGAUAAUAUUUGCACAUUUGAACUGUGUGGCGAUAACAUGGCAUCUACACUGCUCUUUCGGCUAUUUCAGCAAAGUAUCCGACCAUUCUUCAUCAACCUGGGAUGCUGGCUUUCAGGAGAGCCUCUUGACUCAAAACCUGAGUUUCUAGUGCAAAUGGCAUCUAAUGUUGAUCUGUUUUCAAAUGAGUUUUGGUCUAAUGGUUGUUAUGUUCAGUCGGAGGUUAUGGGCUCCAGCAAUAGUAUCAGUAUUGGAAAAACAGUAACCUAUCGCAUAGUGCCUUGUUUUUUGAGUGAAGAAUCCAUCAAUCAGAUAGUAUACACAGGGAAGGCUAUCCGAAUUGUUCAAGCAUUGAUGGCUGAAGAGACAUUUAUUGCUCCUGCCGCCAUGGGAUUAGCCUCGAAGGUUUAUCAAAGCAUAUUCGGGGUACAGAGCCCCAUUGGCACCAAAAAACAAGGGCAAAAUUCAGUAACCGUCAGCAUGAAUAGCCAAUUUCCGUAUUAUCAUGCCAUACUGGCUCUCCAGUAUCGACUUACAGACGAUGCCUCUCUCGAUUCUCCAGCUCAAAGCAGCAACCGAACGGUUUUAGACACUAAAUCCCCUGCUCCUGACAUCGAUUUUCAGUGGAGAAUGCAACGUAAACUGGCAGACUUUAUUGAAGAACAAUAUCAGUCCACAAAUUCCAUAUUGAAAUCGACGCUGUUUACACAUUCGCGGCUGAUGUGGCACCUGAAGGGUAUGGUAGACUUUUACUUUAUGGUGCAAGGGGAGGUUAUGCAUUCAUUUAGUACGAUCAUCUCCCGCAAGAUGAUAAGUAGGCGGCCAUGGUACGAUAGCUAUAUCCUAGAGCAGACUUUUGAUCACGUCGCGUCACAGUGUGGUUGGAAGCAUACCGAGUUCGUCAAAAUUAGAAUCAAUAACGGCCGACCAGGGAAUCAAAAGGUGACAAGGACUCAUCUAUCGGCACUGCAACUCCAAAUUCUUGAUCAAAUUAUGUUUGAAUAUCAACUGCCGUGGCCACUGGCGGGAAUUAUAUAUUCAGCUGAAGAUGCAAAGCGCAUGUAUGGUCGGAUCACUUGUUUGUUGUUGCAGGUCAAGACAGCGAAGCAUACAAUGGAACUGAUAUCGUUUUUCAAAUCUAAUUCAAAACCGAGUCCAGAACUGAAUUUAUUCUGGAAGUUGAGGUUACGCUUCUUGAGCACCGUGAACGAUAUUUGGAGCUACCUUAUGAUGACUGUUCUAGACGCUCAGAUCAAAAAGUUUAUGUCAGAAAUCGAGGGUCAGGGUGAUGUAGACGACAUGAUUUAUCGAUCGCAGCGAUUCAUUACGGUCUGCUUUGAGCGGUGUUUCUUGAAAGAGCGUACAGCGCCAUUACACCGGUCAUUGUUAACCAUGUUAAAUCUUGCAGUCAAAUUUUCCGCUUUACUCUCAUCGUUUAUUUGCGACCAAGAGGUGGGUUCAAUACGCCAGCAACAGACUGUUUUAGCGGCAGCUUCAGCAGCCAACAAAAGGAUGGAUCAGACAAAUUGGAUUGGGCGAGGAGGAAGGGGAGGGGUUAGAGUAGAUGAAGAUGAGCUUAGUACUGGCCUUGAAGAUGAGGAAGAUAAUGACAGUUAUGAGGGUGAAAGCGAAUUCUUGGGUGUUCCAGCAGAACAGGCCGACAAACGCAAGAAGCUUUCCUCUGGCGAUAAUGACUACGAUAGUAUUGAUGGUCAUGACAAAUAUGGCGUUGGGGAUGAAGUUAUUGCGAUGGCUCUUGCUUCUACUCUUAUUCCUGCCCCUAUUCCUGCUUAUCCGCCAAGGAAAGUGAGCCAUGCUGGGAAAAAGCAGAAGACUGGAUCAGUCGAGGCUUCUGAACCUCAAGAUCCUCAAUGGAAUCUCCUCAUACCAUCAUCAUCUUAUAAAGACCAGCUAGAGGUUAUCGAACAUGAGUUUGACCGAUGUCGAGAGUUUCUGGCCGAGAGCUUGAGGAUUAUUGUCCGUUCGAAUGCGGCGCGCGGAAAUGCCAAUUGUCAAAGACAGGAUUAUGUGCGAAGUGGUGAAAGAAGAGGAGUUGGGGGUGGGGAAGGCGAUUCGAACUACUUGGAUGGACUUAUUUUAGCACUAUCUUCUAAACCAAUACCAUGAACUACUCUUUUAUGAUG